AUUUACAUUGUUCUUAUCAAUCUAGCUAGCUUCCGUUUGUCCUGUUUUUAUCAGGAAAAUUCAGUUUCAUUGCCUUGCUUUAAUUCAUCACAUUGAAUCCUUUAAGAUGAAUUGGCUAAUGUAUAGAGGGUGUCGGAAAUUCAUCUAAGGCCAAGAGUCCGUUAGUCGCACGUCAUAAAAGUUAUCACGACUCCUGUCUAAUGUGUUUAAGAUUCUGCCUCAUGGAUUCUUGCUCCAGCAGAGAUUCCAGCGUGAAGGACCUAGAGAUUGCCCAAGAACUGAUAGAAAAUGAAGAAAAUGGAAAUGAUUCCACGGAUGCUGCCAUACGUGCCAAGAAUGAUCUAUUGUGGAGCAUAUCUAAUCCUGAUCUCCCGUUUGCUCGACUGAUGUCUGCUCAGACAAAUUUUUCGGUCCUCUAUGAAGGGCAAGUUUUGCAGCCAUCUACUGGCUUCACAAUCAAUUUUAGUUGUUACUCGUCGUGCAAAAAUGUACCCAAUAUCAUCCUCCACCUUAACCCAAGAUGUGGUCAAAAUUAUGUUGCACGCAAUACCAGAAUUGAUGGAAGUUGGGGAGAAGAGGAAUCUGUCUCUGGCCGGCGUUUCCCUUUUCAACCAGGAGGCACCUUUUUCCUGGAAGUAUUCUUUGCAGAUAAAGAAUUUCUUAUCGCAGUCAAUGGUUUCCAUUUCUGUUCAUACCGCUAUCGAGAGCCUAUUUCACGCAUCAAAUGGAUGGAAAUUUUCGGUGGAGUUAAAAUGAGUCGUAUUGAAACUGUCCGCUCUAAAAGUUAUCCCUACAUCGCUCCUGCAAAUUAUCUUCUAAAAAUUUUCAAAUUGACUCCAGUCUCCACAGUUGACCUCAAUUUGAAUGAUCAGAAAAAUUUGGAGCCACCUAUCAUGGCAGAACUGACCGAGAGUUUUCGACCUGGCUACACCUUAAGAAUAUCUGGGAAAGUAAAAUUAUUACCUCAUGGGUUCAGUAUAAAUUUCCAGAAUGGGAAAUCAUAUUGGCCUCGUCCUCUUAUAAAUCUUCAUAUCAAUGCCCGAUUCAACUAUUCUGAGAAAAUGGAGCAUGCCGUUGUUCUCAACUCAUGGCUUCACGAAACAUGGGGUCAAGAACAAAUUCCUGGUUUCUGCCCAUUCUCCCCCGGUGAAAAAUUCAUUCUCAACAUAUUUUGUGCCAAGGACGCCUUUGAGAUAAUUGUGAAUAAUGAUUUAUUAGCUGUAUAUAAGUAUCGGGCUGUUUUAGGCUUAAUUGACACGAUUUACAUAUCAGGCGAUAUCAUGAUAGAUGAAAUCCGCUCUUCGUUAGAAAUACCGCAGCCAAACAUCCCAACUAUAUCAUGAUGAUGAAUUGCGAUUAUUUUAUUACAUGCUUAGGGAGAGUAAUUUUCAUUCGUUGUUCAUGAAGGAGUGCAAUAAGUUUUCUCUCGAAGAAAAUCAAAUUUUUUUAGUCCUCUUUGUUUGUUUGUUUAUUUGUUUGUUAGUUUCAUUUUAAUUAAUUUUGUUUUAUUUAAUUCUAAUUCAAAGUUCUCCUGUGUUCAAAUUACAUCCCUGUCUUGUCAACUUGUUUUUACAUAUUGAGAUCAAAGUGGUCUUUAAGUGGGCCUGAAGCUAAAAUGUUUCAAGGCUCUUGCUAUUUUCUUUCAGUUCUCAGCCACUUGUCAUCAUCGUUAAUCUUACAUUUUCAUUUAGACGAUUCAUAAACUGCUUUAAUAUAAAAAAGAAUUCUCCAUUCAAUGUGAAUUCCUUUCACCCAAGGAUUUUUUUGCUCGAGAAUUUGCAAUUACCUGGGUUUUUUGUUCGAUUUUUGUAUCUCUAUUAAUGAAGGCUUGCAUCAAUCAUGAGCAUAUUUUUUUUAUCUUUACACGUACCUGUUUACUUACACCUUCGAAGUUCUCAGGUCAAUUUGUAACAGAAAUUCCUCACCGAAAAUUUUUCAAGGGUCAUCUUUUAUAAAAAUAACCAAUCUCUUCUCUCAGAAACUAGAAUCAAUUUCUACGGCAUUUCACAAGAGAAAUAUAGAUUUCAGUAGAUCGUUUAAGUCCUUUUCUUUUUCAAAUUUUUGAUGAAAUAAGUAUAUUUUUCUAAAGAGCAUGCAUUUUCCUUAUUUUCAGAUAAAUAUCCAUCACAUCCUAGUAAUUUGCUUGACUUUUCCGUUCUAUUUCUUGCCUGUUCUUUCAUUUGAAUGCGUAAGUAAAAAAAAAGAUGAUGGUGAUCUUGUCUAGUACAUCUGCUAGUGCAUGGUAUUAAAUGUUGAAAAGAAUAAAAUUUAGUGAGUGAGAAAGGAAUAAUAGCUUCGGAAAGUGCAAAUGUUUUAGCCAUGUCAUAGAAAAAAAAAAGAAGGUGUUUGCAUCCUGAGAAUUGUGUACCCUGUGACGUAGGUUGACCCGGUUUUUGCCGGGUCAGUAAAAUCCGGAAUUCGAAGUAUGAAAAGUGGACCAUUACGUCCAAUUUUUUUGCUUAAAUCAACUCAUGAUAUAAUUUCAAACACUACUUUAUGUAGAAUGCAUUUUUCCCAUAAACUACACCAUUUCCAAGAAAAUCGAUGAUAAAAGUCGCUGUACCGACGUGAGUCAUUAAAAAAAUUCCAAGAUGCCCGAAACGCAAACACCUUUUUUUUUCUGUGUAGCCAUGUACCAAAAAAGCCUCAUUUUGUGUCAGUCUUUUUACACAAUUUUCUUCUGAUCUCCAAAUCACUAUAAGGAAGCCUGAUUAAAUACAAAUUGUUUUUAUGUAAUGAAAUAUAUACGUCAUAACUUCCUAACUUUAUUAUAAGUCCUCUUUUUGAUAAUUUGCCCUUAUAAAUUCUGAAAGUUCAUAAAUUUUUUCAUUGACUAAGGCACUGCACUAUUAGUUAGAACACUGUAGAUGAUGGAGACACCAAAAAUGGUUAAAUACAUUGUAAUCGCAGUGCUACAUUUGAUCAUUUGACCGUGAACAUUCAAUAAAUCCCUCCUCAUUAGAUAACACUUUGCUUGAGCCUUCAAAGAGAGUUGAUCAUUUUCACGCUAUGUUGAACAAGAUGUGGGAUAUCAAGAAUAGACAAUCUUCAUUAUCAAUUCUGCUUAUAAAACUCUGCUGCUUUAGCCUUCGAUGCUUGAAGUAAAUUCCCGUUUCCCGAUUCUCUUCUGGCUACAAUCAUCAUACAAUUCUGUUGAUGGUUCAGGAAGUUUGAUAGCCGUCAAAUAAUAGAGAAUAGAAUCUUAUGGUUUUCGGUAUUCCAUAAAGACUCUGACUCACAGACCUAAGUCACAUUUAGAUCGUAUUUUACUGAAGAGAACCAACGCAAUUAAUUUUAGUGUCGUAAAAAUUGUGCCUCUUUGUCUGUACGUGAAGCGAUUCCCAGAACAGCAAAUACAUUUAAGUAUGCUGGUUUCUGUCUUUCAACCAAAUCCUGUUAAUUUUGAAGUAAAAGUAUCGUAUGUUUUACACUUGUAUACGUAUUUAGUAUUUCUUCAAAGCAACGAAGAAGUUGCACUAUUUGAAAACACUGUAAACUUGUUGGUCCCCUUCUGCAAAAUGCGAUCCAUUUGAUAUUGUAAAAAAUUAAUCUUGGGAUAGAAGCCCCUAUCUGGUCAUUUUCAUGCAGUUGAUACAUGUCUGCUCUCGAUCUCCUUUUGUGAAUAACAUAACUUGUCACAAAACACGAGCAAUUAAUUUCCAUCUCAAAAUAAAGACUCCUAUUACAUAAGUGCAUUGUUGAAGUAAACAGAAUCGGCCCAUUGCCAUACAGCUCAUGUCAGUCACCUCUUAAGCCGUAAUCAAUCAAGUCGUAAUUAAGCCCUUAGUUUUAACUCAACAAAUAUUUCCUGUAAUCGGUAGUUCAGCCCUCUUCAACUGUUCUGGAGGAGAGUAUUUUUACCUACUUCAAAGUAAUGAAGUAAGCAACACAACCUAAGUUUUGUAUAACUUGUUGUUUUAAUUUGAAUGGGUUAAUGGAUGAAUGAUUACAUUUGUGAUAUUUUCCAUUCUUAUUGUUUUAUUUUUUUUUCGCAACAUUCUUUUUUAUGAUUGCUUGUUUUUACAAUGCUGUAUGUCUUUAAUGUAUUUAUAGUUUUGUCUUAUACUUUUUGUAUCACAGAAUUAUCAGCCCUCCAGAGGUUUAUGAAAGUAAUCACUAGGUAUUAGGUACCAAGUAAUUAAUAAGUUUUUGCCAUCCACUUUAAAUGUCACUGUUGAAGUGAGACGUUCAGGAAAUUUUGCCAUGCACAUUGUAAAGCUUUUUGGGAAACAUAAAAAUGAUAGAAUCAGACAAAAUGGGGCUUGAAAGGAGGAAUCAAAUAUUUUAUUUUUAUGAAAAAACCUGAGUGGGGUAAAAUGAAUAGAUUUUUGGUUUUUCAUGCGGAAUGUUAUUCAACACUGACAAUAACAUUCGGCCAAGGUUUUUUAUCAUAAUGUGGAUCAUGAGUUAUAUAUGAGUGUUUAAAAUGAGUCAUCUUUGAAACUGGCAACAGUACCAGUGGAGUUUAGCAGCAUAUUUCUUUAAUUCACAAUUUAUGGUUCUCUAACUUGGAAUUGCUUUCAAAGGGUCCAUAAUCAGAGUUUCUGAGUGUUCGAACUGUUUUUUGCAUCGAAUAAUGCAGAUUUAACGCCUUUAAGAUACUGCACAGUUACCUCACUCUCUCUCUCUACCUCAAGUCCCAUUUUGCCUGACUUUAUUGUUAGUGAUGAGUCGCGAACUACUCCUGAUAUACGAGACAGAAAGCUCAGACCUUGCAGUUAAGGUAGAAUUUUGGUAUUACACUAGAGAAUAACUUUGAUAGGUAUAACGCCUGUCAUGUCAAGGUGCUGUACAAUAAUGUGUCAAAUGUGAUUUGAGUUAUGAGCCAAUUUCUUCCGUAAGAUACUAUGCAAAGUUACUCGAAUUGAACACGCUACAUUGCUCAUUGAUGAAACCAACUCAAUUUUACACUCAUAUCUGGCUCAAUGGAUCCUGCGGAAACUCUUCCCUUUUUUUGAAAUCACAUGGGUCAAUAGAAUUAUAAUUUUAACUAUUCACGUUUACUCCAAGAUCAUCAGUAUUUAUGAUACAGUGUUCUCUCAGUUUCAUUUUGAACUCAAUUAAAUUCGAAACUUUCCAGUGAUAUUAGGUACCAAAAAAAUCUUUAUAGUAUUUUAAGUUAAUCUGUGGGUAAAGUCUGUUUCUAGUCCCAUUUUUAGUUUUUGGCGCCAAAUGCAUUUAUUUCAAAUCAAUUUUGAAUAUUGAAGAUUAAGUACCUAUCUUUUUCUCUCAUUUCUUCCUGUGUUAUCCAUGACUGAUAAAAAUUAAAUACUAUUACUGACUGAGAUAAUAAUCAUUCGAAAACAAGGAAAAAAGCGACUCUGAUUUGAAUUCAGAAUGGAAUGCCCACUAUUUUGUAUUAAAGCGCAUAUUUUCGUAGUUAGCUUAUACUUAGCUUAUUUAGUUAAGUUUUCAUUUUGAAUUUGUAGUAUGAUUUACAGUACGAUUAAAUUUUGAUGUGUCUGCACAAACAUACGUACUUUCGGAGUGUAAAAUUAAGUUAACAGUCGCUCUGAUUUUUUUCACAUCAGGAUCUUUUAAUAAAAACUUUACAGUCCAGUAAUUUUGAUGGAACGAAGAAGAGAUGGAGCAAAGAACAUCAGCUAUCUUUUAUUUUGUUCUCAGCGGAUUGAAGUCAUAACAUACUUGGUGCAUAUCAUGUUCUAAAAAAAAAUUUAAUAAGGGAACUUGUGUUGUAGUACUCAAUUUUGUACCUUCUUUAGUGGUCCAUUGAAGGAUGGAUCCCCUUUCAUUCACAGUAUGAGGACAAAAUAAAAGAUAGCCUUUAAAUUUCUGGAGAUAAGUAAGAUUUCUCUUUCUCCUAUCAAUUCCUGAAGUGGAUUAGAAACCUUUCCAGGUAUAUUGCUAAUCAAAACAUGUUUUUGAACUUGCACGAAUAGUAUUCUAUAAAACUUAUUCAUCAACGCCUAUAAUAUAUUACAAUUUUCAUACUUGAUAUCGCGAAAUGCUAUCCUUUAAGUUAAAUGAUGAGCUCUCACGUCUAAAAUAAUGUGCAGGUGGACGAAGGAGAGGGUAGUCAAUGAUUGAUUGAUUAGAGCUACUUGUUUGGAAUUGCCUCGACUCUGAGGGAUGGAAUAUCAAUGUGAUGAUCCAUCCACUGACACCAUGGAGUUUCAUUGAAAUGAGUGGAAGGAUUGAGAAAUUCGAAAGGAAGUAAAUCAGCUCUUUCCUUUGUAAUAAGUUUUAUGAAAUUUGGAACUUUAAGGAAUGGAUAGUUUAUGUAUACAGACAUGCCUUUUGUAAAAGGUAUAGUAUGAAAAUUUUGCUAAUGCAUUGUUUUUUCUAUCCAAUCUGCAUAGAAAAAUUUCUUUUUCUUUAAAUAAAAAAAAGAACUCAAUUUA